UUCCGACCAAUCGGACACCUUCUCCACUCCACUGGCUGUGUUUCCGUGGGAACGGGAUGACUCCAGGCCAGCAGCCAGGAGACCGUCCCCCAGCUCUCCCCAGACGCCCUGCGCUGAUGUCGUCAGUCAGUCGGAGCAGAGGGCUUGUGGGAAAGAGACGGACCACAGACGGAGCCAGGCGCCGCAUCUCUGUCAGAAGCGCAGAGUCGUGUGUCUGCUCUGCAGGCGGAGCUGUGUGGGAAGGCCGAGGCGUUAAAGUCUAUUCAGAACGAAAUGAUGCAAAGCAAGAAGGAGCUCGCUGCCAAGGACGCCAGCGUUCAGAAAGCUCGCAACGAGCUCAGCCUGGCACACACGCGCAUGGCUCAGGAGAGUGAAAGGGCAUCAGGAGCUGAGCAGAGACUGAAGCAUCUACAAGAGGAGCUGAAGUGUCAGAGGCAAAACACAGAGAGCAGCCGACUGCAACACCAACAACGCGCCAAGGAGCUGGACAAACAACAUCAGAGGGACUUGACAGAGCUUCAGAAGGAGAGGCAGUGUCUGGAGAAGCAGCAUCAGCAGGAGGUGAAUAAGCUCAACCAGGAGCUCCAGCAGGCCAGGACGCUGCACAACGCCCUGCAGGCCCAGGCCGACAAGCUGUCUCUGCAGAAGCAGGCGCUGGACAAAGAGUUGGACACUCUGAAAGCCAAACUAAAGUGGACGGAGGGACAGCUGCAGGAGAGCCAGAAGAAAGAGGCACAGACACAAGCCAAGCUGACGGAAGCGCUGCGGGAGGCCGAGGGUGUGGCCGUGAGCCUGGAGCAGAGCAGGAAGAGGGAGCGCGCUCUGGAGGAGGAGGGGAGGAAGCUGGCAGAGGAGCAAGCCGACGCCCUUCGUCUCCUCAAAGAGCUGCAGGAGGAAAAAGCUGUCCAACCUGUUGGACAGAGUUUCUCUCCUCAUCCCUCUCACUCUCUACACUCUGGCCCAUCAACUCACAUUAAGAAGCCCAGCGCUGCCACCUUUUCGGAGCAGAAGAGGGGAAAGGACCUGGAUUUAGAAAAGAGAAGGGCCGAGAUCGCAGCAUCUUACCCACCCGACAGAGAGCCAGGCGAAGGCAUCGAUGCAGAACACAUCGCUGACCGUCUCUCCCCUGACUCUGAGUCUAUUCACAGGGGAGGACACCGAAGAAACAGCAGCGAGGAGCAGAAUAACAACAGCAGAAAUGAAGCGAUGGAGAGUGACAGCGCUGGGACACACAAGCGCUCCACAUGUGAUCAAGCCCUCUCUAGUUCCUCCCACUUUGUGGCUGAUACGCCCACUAACAAAUCCAUGGAUGUGGAUCAAUGCGGUUCUGCUGAAAAGACUUUUUCGCUCAAGGCCUCUGAAGACCUCAAGAGGGAGAAUGCCACGCUGCGUGCAGAGCUACGGGACUCUCAGGAAGAACUGCAAAAGCGACUUGAAGAUCUGGAAGCUCAAAGACGGGCGGAGACAGAAGCCAGGACCCGACUGAAACAGCUCAGCCGCAAACUGGCCAGCCAUGCAGCAGAGAAGGACGAGCAGGACAAGCAGUGGAGGGCUCAGCUGGACAGUGAGAAGGAGGAGACAGAGAGGGUGAGGAAGGCCAUGUCUGCUUUGGAGACGGAGAUGAAAGGGAGAGAGGAAAAUGAAAUGAAGGAACAGGAGGAGGGGAAAAACCAAGCUCUAGAAGACCGGGAGAGCGAAAUGAUAGAACUUAAUAUCCAGCUUAAGAAGCAGUUAGCGGAGGUUAAAGCCCAGCUGGCUUUAGAACGAGAAGAGAGAAAAAGAGAGGAAUAUGAAAGGGGGCGAGCGACGGAGACGGACAUGGAUGGGAGAGAGGAGCUAAGCAGGAAUCUAGAACGACUUAAAGCUGAGUUGGAGGAACUGAAGCUCAGCAGAGAAGAAGACUCACUGGGAGAGGACACGCUCUCAGUUGCCUACAGCCCGCUGACUUACCUGACUCUCCAUGGCGAUGAGCUGAACUCCAACAUUGUUCUCUGCGAUAACAAGCUCCUCCCCUCCCCAGAGCGGCACCUCCUCCUCUGCCAGUCCACCAACCAGCGCAACACGCUGGCGUCUCAGGCCCCAGCGGACCUCAGGAUCCAGGGGGAGCAAAGCCUGAUAGAUCCCGAACACUCACCUCUGUCAGAGGACGGGCACGCUGCAUCUGACCUGGAAGACCACCAGCUAAACUAUCUGAGAGGGUCUUUUCCCUCAGAUCUCCAGCAGGUUGAGACCAGUUCCUCAGAUUUCGCUAAAGAGGUAAAGCGCCUGCAGGUGCAGAAUGCAAAGGAGACGGAACGAGCAAAUCAGUGCCAGGUGAAACUGGAGGCCCUGCAGAGCCAGGUGACACGUCAGACGAAGCAACUCACCACAGCCUUUGAGAAGCAGAGCCAGCACAUCUCUGGGCUGUUAGCUGAGCUGCAGGAGAAGGAGAGCGCCCUCCUCAGCCAGGGAAAGGAACUGCAGUGCCACAAGCAAGAGCUGGAUGUGCUCAAGGCCGACACUGAGGAAAAGAAAAGAGAGGUGGAGCGUGGAGAACCAAAAGAGGCACGAGAUGAGAGGUCUGUGGAGAUCCCAGGGCCUCAGUCACAGCAGGAAACAGGAGUGUGUGGUCACUGAGCUUGCACACUCAGCUGAAGACGCAGAGCAACUAGAGAUUGUGACUCAGACUAACCAAGACUCUGCUUGUGUGACGGGUGAAACUCAAGGUGGAGGAGCAGCAGGUGUGGAUGCAGAACUGCUCUCACUCCGAUUGGAGAAUCAGCAGCUGGAACAAAGAGGAGGAGGAGUGAGCAUCUCAGACGCCAGGGCCCCAGCAGUACUCACUGACAGUGAAAACCAAGAAGUUAAAC